GCCAGCACUCAGAGCCAUCACCUUGACGACCAGCGUGUGUCACUCAACUUGCUGCCAGGGUUACAGGGAGUCUCUGGCAGUGAUCAGGAAGGACGGGGGAAGUCUGUGGCUGGAAAGGAAACCGAUGAGCUGUGCAACAUGGUGUCCAGACUCCAGGGCCCCAGGAUGGAUGAGCAGCGAUGCUCUGCACCCCAAAUCUUUCUGGCUCCUGGAUCCCCUCCCGCUCCCAGGAAGGCUCACUCCAGGCCUGCUUCCCCUACAGCGACCCCCUCCAGCCAGCGCCCACCUGGGUCAGCCUCCCUCAGCCCCACCCCAGAUAAAGAGAGAGUUCAGAGGGAUGGCCUGCACACAGCUCAGCAGGGAGUGGCUCCUGGUACGGUGGAGCAGGAGCAGUUUUUCUCCAUGCUCAGUCACGUGCAGAGAGGGCGUAUGGAGGAGCAACGUUGUGUUUUUGACCCGAACAAGAGGAGCGCCUGUACCCCCAAACACCCUAAUACAACAAAAUCAGUCCCCACUCAGUCCUCAAUGGCAGACAUUGAUCAACUGUUCAGCAUCUUGGCCAGCACUCAGAGCCAUCGCCUUGACGACCAGCGUGUGUCACUCAACUUGCUGCCAGGGUUACAGGGAGUCUCUGGCAGUGAUCAGGAAGGACGGGGGAAGUCUGUGGCUGGAAAGGAAACCGAUGAGCUGUGCAACAUGGUGUCCAGACUCCAGGGCCCCAGGAUGGAUGAGCAGCGAUGCUCUGCACCCCAAAUCUUUCUGGCUCCUGGAUCCCCUCCCGCUCCCAGGAAGGCUCACUCCAGGCCUGCUUCCCCUACAGCGACCCCCUCCAGCCAGCGCCCACCUGGGUCAGCCUCCCUCAGCCCUACCCCAGAUAAAGAGAGAGUUCAGAGGGAUGGCCUGCACACUGCUCAGCAGGGAGUGGCUCCUGGUACGGUGGAGCAGGAGCAGUUUUUCUCCAUGCUCAGUCACGUGCAGAGAGGGCGUAUGGAGGAGCAACGUUGUGUUUUUGACCCGAACAAGAGGAGCGCCUGUACCCCCAAACACCCUAAUACAACAAAAUCAGUCCCCACUCAGUCCUCAAUGGCAGACAUUGAUCAACUGUUCAGCAUCUUGGCCAGCACUCAGAGCCAUCGCCUUGACGACCAGCGUGUGUCACUCAACUUGCUGCCAGGGUUACAGGGAGUCUCUGGCAGUGAUCAGGAAGGACGGGGGAAGUCUGUGGCUGGAAAGGAAACCGAUGAGCUGUGCAACAUGGUGUCCAGACUCCAGGGCCCCAGGAUGGAUGAGCAGCGAUGCUCUGCACCCCAAAUCUUUCUGGCUCCUGGAUCCCCUCCCGCUCCCAGGAAGGCUCACUCCAGGCCUGCUUCCCCUACAGCGACCCCCUCCAGCCAGCGCCCACCUGGGUCAGCCUCCCUCAGCCCCACCCCAGAUAAAGAGAGAGUUCAGAGGGAUGGCCUGCACACAGCUCAGGGAGUGGCCCCUGGUACGGUGGAACAGGAGCAGUUUUUCUCCAUGCUCAGUCACGUGCAGAGAGGGCGUAUGGAGGAGCAACGUUGUGUUUUUGACCCGAACAAGAGGAGCGCCUGUACCCCCAAACACCCUAAUACAACAAAAUCAGUCCCCACUCAGUCCUCAAUGGCAGACAUUGAUCAACUGUUCAGCAUCUUGGCCAGCACUCAGAGCCAUCGCCUUGACGACCAGCGUGUGUCACUCAACUUGCUGCCAGGGUUACAGGGAGUCUCUGGCAGUGAUCAGGAAGGACGGGGGAAGUCUGUGGCUGGAAAGGAAACCGAUGAGCUGUGCAACAUGGUGUCCAGACUCCAGGGCUGUAGAAUCGAGGAGCAGCGAUGCUCUCUACCUGUGGCACUGAGUCCAGGGCCCCCCAGAUCAGCCUCCAUGAGCACGGUUACCCUCGAGUCCACCCUGCACAGACAGGACCAGCUCCUCUCCGCCCCUAACCCUGCCCCGCCCAGGAAGGCCCGAUCCAACCCCUCUUCUCCCAGCCGAGCCACGCCCAAAAAGUCCCGGUCCAGACCCAACUCUCCCAGCCGGGCCACGCCCAGGAAGUCCCGGUCCAGACCCAACUCUCCCAGCCGAGCCACGCCCAGGAAGUCCCGGUCCAGACCCAACUCUCCCAGCCGGGCCACGCCCAGGAAGUCCCGGUCCAGACCCCAGUCCCCAAACGCGGCGCAGCACGUCAGCAGCCCCAUAGGCCCCGAGGACGACUGCUUCUCCCUCAUCCACAGGGUUCACGCGGCACAGCUGCACAGGGCAGGAGACGCGGGGGCCCACGGAAGAGAGGGGGGGAAGCCGGAGAGAGGAGGGGAGAAACGGGCGGGAGGGGAGGGAGGGAAAAGAGAAGGAAAGACAGCAGGAGCAGUGCAGAAAGAGAGAAGGGGCAAAGAGGAGGUGAGAAAAGAGAAGAAAGGAGGUGGGAAGAAUAAAUAGACGCGGCGCUGUGGCAGGAUUCCUGCCCUAGUGCAGCCAUCUUGGCGCAUAAAAUGGCUGAAGUUGGCAUGAGGUCCAGUCGUAGAUUCUAGAGUAGAAGACUGAAAUUUAUGUUGUUUAUUAUUUUGAAUAUUUCAGUAAAAUACUGUAAAGUUUCAGCUGGGUCAUUGUAGUUUGAAUGAACCUUUAUUUAUUUUCUUAUUUAUUUAAAUUAGUAUAUACAAUCUGAUGUUUUGGUUUCAUGAACAGCUUGUCCUAUUUAACAAAUUAACGCUGAAAAAUAUUCCUGUUAGAGAAGGAUCUGUCUGUUGAAUGAAGACAUGUGCACAGAUAAGAGCAAGAUGCCCUGGCAUUGCAACAUUUUUCGUAAUUAAUAUUUACUUACUGUAAUUUUUUUUGUUCAGUGCACCUGUAAGUUAAUGGUCCAGCUACUGUUUCUCAAAGAUAAAAAUUAUUUCCAGAGAUUAUUUAUUUGCUGAAUAAUAAUGUUAAAAGAUGCAUUUUGUGUAAUUUUGUUUGGGUUAUUAUUUUUGCGUUCAGUAUUUACUCAUGCUGCUUAGGAAACCUGGAUAAAAAAAGUUAAGUUUUGUUCCUGUUGACAGAUUCUGCUGUUGGAGUAGAGUUUUU